AUGACGGCGGGGUGGCUGGAGGCUUGGGCGGGCGGCGCCCUCCUGGCCCUGACGUGCCUGGCCCUCGACACGGAGCAGAACUGCGACAGGACCCAGUACGAGGCCCACGGGAAGUGCUGCAGCAGAUGCCCACCAGGCCAGAGAGUGCAAACCCUGUGUGAUGCCUCCGAGGGCUCGGACACCGCCUGCCAGCCCUGCCAGCCCGGGCAUUUCCAGGGCAGUUGGACCAAGCAGAUGGCCUGCACCCCGCACAGAUACUGUGACCAGAAUGCCGGUUUGGUUGUGCAUAUCCAAGGGAGCGCCACGCAUAAUGCCAUGUGCCGGUGCCGGAAUGGCAGCCACUGUUCCAGCACUGAAUGCCAGAGCUGCCGGGAGAACUCGGCCUGCGGUCCUGGCAAAGGGGUGAAGCAGAUAGCCACCGACACAAACGACACUCUUUGCAUCGAAUGUCCCAGGGGCUUCUUCUCCAACGUUUCAUCUGCCGUGGCCCCAUGCCAGCCGUGGAGCAGCUGCGGGGCCACAGGGCUGGUACUCAAGGCCAACGGGACACGCUUCUCGGACGUCACUUGUGGAGAGGCCCAGAGGGCCCACUCGCCAGCCUUGGGGCUGGCCGCUCUCGCUGCGGUGGUCCUGGUGCUGGGAGGCAUGGGACUCCUCCUCUGGCGUCGACGCCUGCGGCGCAAGGAGCUUCUGAAGUUGCAGAAGAACCGGCCCACUGAGGUGGACGAAGAGGACAACCCGGCCUUGCCCAUCCAGGAGACCCGGCCCACCAUCCCUGGAGUCGGCAAGGACAACUGCGUGGCCGAACAGGAGUGUGCCUGA